UUUGUAAUACAAAACGCUACUUAAACUAUAAGCUGAGCUUAAUCGGUUUCACAAACGGUACGCCGCACGGCCAGUUACCAAAAGCGAAUAUAACAACAACAACAACAACAACAACAACAAAUCAUUCUUUUAAAGUAAAUUUUAAAAAUAUAAAAUAAAAAAGAAAAAGAGAAAGAAAAAGAGAAAAUGGCUGUAUUUCGGUACUUCAUUUUGUUGACUUUGUUUUGUGAGGCGUUGACAAUUCCCAGCCAACCAAAGUCGCCGAAGGUUUGCGCCUUACAUGUUGGCUGUAUGCGCGGCAAAUAUAUGCCUGGCUUUCAAACAGACAGAUUUGAAGCAUAUUUGGGCAUUCCAUAUGCCUUGCCACCAGUGGGAGAGUUACGGUUUAGUAACCCUAAGUCUUUUCCACGUUGGUCUGGUAUACUUAAUGCCACUGAGCCGAGAAUGGAUUGCAUACAAAAAAAUUAUCUAGUACCGAAUCCUGCAGUUUACGGAACCGAGGAUUGCCUAUACUUGAACCUAUACAGACCUAUUGUACGUUCUAAAGUAUUACCUGUAAUGGUUUAUAUAUAUGGAGGUGGUUGGUUUAGUGGUUCCUCAAGUCCCAGUAUUCACGGUCCAGAAUAUUUCAUGGAUACAAAAGAGGUUAUACUAAUAACAUUUGCGUACAGAUUGGGUGCAUUUGGUUUUCUUUCAACAAAUGAUCAAAAUAUGCCUGGAAACUUUGCACUGAAAGAUCAAACCUUAGUAUUACGUUGGAUACAAAAGAAUAUUGCAGCAUUUGGGGGAAAUCCAAAAAUGGUAACAAUAUUCGGUCAAAGUGCUGGAGGCAUAUCAGCACAUAUGCAUAUGCUUAGCAAACAGUCUGAAGGUCUGUUUCGAAAUGUUAUUUCAUUGAGUGGUACAGCUAAUGUACCCUUCGCAAUUACCAAUGAACCACUGACACAAGCACGUCGUAUUGCCGAACUUUGUAAUAUAAGUAAUGCCUUUGAAUUGAGUACGGCGAAAUUGACGCGUGCUCUGCGUAAUGUUGAUGCGACAACAUUAGUUAAUGCUGGUGAUGGUCUGAAAUAUUGGGAUGUGGAUCAUCUCACAAAUUUCAGACCUGUUAUUGAACCAGCUAAUAAUAGAGAUGCAUUUUUUGUGACUCACCCUACUGAUAUACUUAAAAAUGGGCUUUAUAAGCCAGUACCUUGGUUGGCUGGUGUUGUACCAAAUGAAGGUGCUGUACGCGUUUUAGCGAUAUUGGAAAAUGAUGUUUUGAGAAACAAUUUUAAUGCUAAAUUUAAUAAAUUAUUUGAAAUGAUGAUGGAAUUUCCAGAAUCGUUCACAGAUGAACAACUUAAACAGAAAGUACAAACAAUUGUGGAUUAUUAUUUUCAAGGAGAAAGAUCAAUAAACUUUGGAACUGCACAAGCAUUUCUUGAUGUUAUAACAGAUCGCGGUUUUCAUCGUCCUUAUUUCAAUGCCAUUAAGGAUUAUGUGAAUACUGUGGAUACGCAGAAAUACCCCAUAUUUUUGUAUCGAUUUAAUUAUAGCGGAUUAAAUACUUAUGCCGGCAUAUACACUGGAGGUCGACAAAGUUUUGACUAUGGUGUUGUACACUGUGAUGAUUUAAUCUAUUUGUUCCGCUCACCGUUGUUGUUUCCAGACUUCGAUAAAAACUCAACAGAUGCUGCAGUCGUACAAGCUUUUGUAAGCAAUUUCGUGCAUUUUGCUAAGUACAGUAAACCCCAAAAUAUGGAAUUGAUUAAACCAUGCAAUAAUUUAACUUUUAAUGCUGAGCCUGAAACAAUCUGUGAUUAUCAAGAAUUUACAAAUAUAAACGAGGAUGCAUUUAUUAUAAAGACUGAGAAUAAAUUUAAUGUAGAACGUGUGCAUUUAUGGGAUGCAAUUUUGGAGGAAACAAGUUCUCCUAAGUAUAUUAAAAAUACAGUUACUACUACAGAAAGUCAAUCUGUAGCUGUGUAGCAUAUAAUGUAUCUUUACGAUUUUGUUUUAUAUAAUUUAUUGCAAUUUUUGUAAA